UCAUAUUUGAACGUGUGGAGGCGGCCAAAAAGGGUUCGGCGGUCUGUUACUACAGAAGACGGGGGUAAGAGGAGCAUGGGUUGUCACAACAGUAAAGUUUGUGGCCAGGUCUCCCGGAAAAAGAAGAAAAAUAAAGCGAAAGAAGCCGCGAAGCAAACAAAGGAGAUCAUCAACCUUCAAGAUGGGAGUGCUUUACUCUCAUCUGAGGAGCAGCGUUCUGACUUGGAGAAUCAAUUGAAGGCGUACGAGUGGCAGCUAAAGAUACUUCAUGCAGUUUUGACGGCUUCAGGAGACCAGGAGAGAGAUCAGCUCCUCAUAGAUCAUCCUGGAGAUAUUUGCACUUUGGUCUACAGCAUUACAGAGAAGGUGAAGACUGAGAUAACCGCUGAUCUGCAUGAUCUUCAUGAGAAACAGACGAGAAGCACCACGGAGCAGCAUCAGAGAGAAACAGAAGAGUUACAGCAAUUACAUGACGGGGAGAAGAAUGUUUUAAAUGAAUCGCAUGCAGCAGCUCUGAAUGCUUUGAAGGACCAGAUUGAAAGCCUGACGUCAGAGCUGCAGCUUUUCAAUGAGUUGAAGCGUAGAGCCGAGGAGUCCAUGCUCCGAAGAGACCUUCAGAGAAAUAUUGAGACCCAUGGCAGUCCUGGUGCAUUCUGGGAGCAGGAGCAGGAGAGCCUGUUGUUUGUCAUUGAAAUGAAGCGUGAGCGUUUACAGGACCAGGGAAACAAGCUGCUGCAGAUGGAAGCGCUGGUUGAGAAGAAUCUUGCUUUGGAGGACCAACUUCUGCAUGCUUUACAACAGAAUGAGGACUUCAGAGUCCGGAUAGACAACUAUCAAAGCCUCAUACAGCAGCUGUCGAAGGAGCAGAAUGACCUGCAGGAGGCGCUGGAGAAACAAUCUUUGCAGAGCCAGAAGCUCAGCCUGGAGAAAGAAGAGUUACUUUUUAAACUUAUACACCGUAGAGACUCAUGUUCCUCAUUCCACCUUCCAUCUGUCAUCGCCACAGAGAUGUCUCCCAGCUGACCAUACAGUUAACCCAGACUCUUUCCAGCUCCUUGGUGCCUUUUUUAAAUGCCAGUUGAUGGCAUGCAGUGAUCUUGCAGUGCUGAUUCAGACUCGCUGCAUUUAUAAUUUUUACUGGCGAGGCACAUUUUUGUACAGUUUUAGAUUUUUUUGUUUUGCGAUGACUGUGGAUCUUAUGCAAGUCAAAUUUUUGGAUGUUAUAAAAUGUAGUGGUCACUUUUUUUUAGCAUUUCUUUUUCUGUCCAGGAAACCGCAGUCAAACAGGUUCUAUUUUUAUAAGCAAAAUCAGCUGUUAUUUUGGAGCCAGAAGCACUUGUAGCAUAAAGCUGUGGGAUCUUUUCAGAUGCACUUGCACUUUUAUAUCAGUGGCUUUACUUGUAGGAGAGAUGAUGGGCCUCUGCAACUUCAUUCAUUAUCAACAUGCUUGGUUUUUACACCUUGCACACUGAAAUGUUGGUUCACACAACCUCUACACCUAGCAGAAACAUUGUGUUUUUGCCACAGUACCUGUGAUUACUGCAAUUAUGAUUUUUCCAACGUAAAAGCAUUACAGAAGCAGGUAAAAUAGCUUUAUUGCCUGUGUGCCCAUGUUAUUCUUUUGUUUGUUUGUUUUUCAAUAUUUUUAUAUAAUCUAAAUGUUCUGCCAUAUGUUAAUUUCUGAAUCAGUGCCUUUAGUGAAAGGUGUUUCCUGGAAAAAACAAGCAAUAAAUUGCUUUGGAGAGACA